AUGUCAGACUUUGGUGGGAAGAGGUUCAGAUCCAAGAGAGAUCAAGCCAUAUACGAUGCCUCAUGGGCUGGAAGAUAUCAAAAACAAUUAAGGAAAUCACCAUUUUUGGUGUUUGGUGGACCUUUCUUAGUCUUUAUGGGGUUAGCAUCUUAUUGGUUAUCAGGUUUUACUGCUGUUAGAUAUGAACAAAGAGAUCAAAGAGUUCAAGAAGUUACUGAAUCUGAUAUCAUCAAAUUAAACACCAAAAAGAGAAAUGUUGAUGUUAAAGAAGAAUAUUAUAGAUUACAAGGUUUAGGUGAACAAGAUUGGGAACCUAAAAGAGUUCCAAGAAUGAAAGGUGAAUCUGAAAAUGUUUGGUAA